CAUGUUUGCUCUGCUCUGACGGGAAUUCUUGUGGAAAUCGCUUGAAUUUAUCGUCAAUUACAGUACGGGUCAACCGGUGCUUUCGAAGCUCAGUGAUUGAUAUCACAUUUAUUUGUAUUGUUAGUUAAUAGUUACGAGACGCCAUUAGUAAAGAAAGUGUUAGCUACUGUGCUGUAACUAAAAUCAGUCGUUAACCGCAUAUUCCUAUUCGAAUUUAUCUUUAGCUUUCACCGAAAAUGUCUGAGAGUUCACCAGACGAGCCCAGUCCUAAACGUAAGGAUUUCAUCUGCGGUGUCGUUGAAGGCUUUUACGGUCGUCCGUGGACAACGGAACAAAGGAAAGACUUGUUUCAAAAAUUAAAAAAAUGGAACAUGGAUGUAUAUGUAUAUGCCCCUAAGGAUGAUUACAAACAUCGAGCUUAUUGGAGGGAGCUCUACACGGUAGAGGAGGCGGAGCACCUGACAUCUCUCAUUUCGGCUGCAAAGUCACAGGGAAUAAUCUUCUGUUAUGCUUUAUCACCAGGACUUGAUAUUACUUAUAGCAGUCAGAAGGAAAUCACAACUUUAAAGAGGAAAUUGGAGCAGGUAUCUCAAUUUGGAUGUACAUGCUUUGCAUUGCUCUUCGAUGAUAUAGAACCAGAAAUGAGUGAAGCUGACAAGCAGAUAUUUCAAAGUUUUGCUCAUGCUCAGGUCUCCGUGACUAAUGAGAUACACCAGCACCUCGGCUGCCCCCGAUUCCUGCUGUGCCCCACCCAGUAUUGUUCCACUAGGGCUGUGCCAACAGUCAAUAGUUCCGAGUAUCUCAACACCCUGGGCACAAAGCUCUCGCAGCAGAUCGACAUUAUGUGGACAGGUCCGAAAGUGAUAUCGAAAACUUUGACGUCAGAGUGCAUAGAAGAGAUCACUCAAGUGCUCCGCCGCCCGCCAGUCAUAUGGGAUAAUUUGCACGCCAACGAUUACGACCAGAAGAGAAUCUUCCUCGGUCCAUACUGCGGCCGAUCUCCUGAACUGAUUCCCCUUCUGCGUGGAGUACUGACGAACCCCAACUGCGAGUACAACGCCAACAUGAUCCCGAUACGAACGCUCGCACAUUGGGCCAGUUGCAGUCUUGAUGCGCCUGCACAUAUGGAAGCUGUGUCCUGGGAUAUCAGGUUAGAAAGAGAGAGCGAACAAGGAGUCUGUGAAGACGAAGCCCCCGUCCCGCUCGGCAAGGACGUUUACCACCAUAGACAAGCUCUUAGACAAGCUAUAAAUGAAUGGUUACCUGAGUUUUCAAUACCGAAGACUGCUCAGGGUCCAGUCAUUAAGCCACAACCAGCUAUUACUGUGCCACCAGUGCCCAUCAUACCGAUCAUGCCGUCGGUGAACACGUGCAUGUCGCUGGUGACCGCCACGAGCAACACCUCGACCACCAGCACCGCGGAUAUAUCCUCCAUCCCCACCGUCAACACCAGUCAGCUGCAGGCGUUGGCUGACGUUUGCUCGGCUACUGACCGCCCCUUACUGGCCACUGGGGUAUCGUCCAUAGAAACAUUCAACCCCGUACCGAAUCCAGUGAUGAACUCCUUGGUAUCACCAACAAAAGUGAUUCUGAAUGAGUCGAUACCCAAUCCUAUAAUACCAAUGGCGAGUUCCAACAUCGCGCUGCCUUCGGAGAUACCAGUUUCCACUCUACCGGUACCGAUACUAGGUAUCAAAGCUCUUGAGGAGAACAGUGGAAAGCGUGACCAGUCUAUGGUUGACAAAGUUAACGACAGUGUUAGCAACGAUAGUGUUUUGGAAAGUGCUAGUUUUAUAGAAGAUUUGAAGAAGAAGGAUGAUGAUGCAGAGAAUAUAAUUGUGGACGAUGGAGUGGAGGAACAGCAGAGGAACGGAGAUAUGAGUGUUGGUGAUACGCCGCAGACGUUAAGCCCGAGUCGCGCGGGCGUUGAACCCUUAGACGUGGAUCUACCGUCGGCCGCCGUUACCGAUACCGAUAUCGUCAUGAACGAUGGACUUAGCGAGAAUGGUUCAAUGCAGGUGGAACCGAGCAACAGCCCGUUGAGUACCGACAUGAUGGUGGAAUCUACUGACCCGGUCGAUCCUGUAGACGCUGCCGAUGAGCCAGUAGAAGAGGCGUCUAUAGACGUAAACGCUUUAGUAGCGGAUGACUUAUUGCUUCUAUGCGAUUUGUUCUACCUGCCCUUCGAACAUGGCUCAAGAGGUUUGAGGCUACUCCACGACUUCCACUGGUUGACUACGCACGCGGCCAGUAUGCUUCCAAGAGGUGCUAAGCCAGAGACGAGCGAGUGGCGUCGCCGGCGCAGCCGUUUCGCUUGGUGGGCGGCGCGGACGCGUCGUCUCGCGCGCCGAUUGUCUAUGGCCGCCAAUAAAGAGCUGCGCUCGGAACUGUAUCCGUACGUGUGGGAACUGUGCGCUGUACUGGCGCUGUUGGACGGAUUCGUCAGAUGGUUGGAGCUUGGCAAAUUUCCGCCCAGUAUAGCUUCGAAUAUACAAGGAAAUUAUACAUGGUUCUCGAAAGGCUGGCGCGAGGCGUUCGAGAGCGGCGCGCAGGAGCCGUGGGUGUUCCGCGGCGGUCUAGCGGCCGACCUGCGCCGCCUGCUCGCCGUCGACUGCGCGGCCGAGGCGCUGCGGCCCGCUCCGGCCCCGGCCCCGACCCGCGCGCCCCUCGCGCCCCGCCCCUACGCGCCCGCCGAUGAGGCGCCGGUAUGCGCUAUUUGUCACAAGACGUGUCGAGACGGGUCCGACUGCAGCGACCUCUUUCCAAGCGACCUGCAAACUCUACCAGCUGACAGAUUAGUAGCGCCAUUCCUGACCCUGAGCCCGGAACUUUGUAUGGUGAUAGAGGAAGACGUGGAAGACGUCUCACCCGACGACUGCGACGAGGAUAAAGCCGCGGGGGAGAACACUGCCCCGCCUGUGGUCAACGGCAUGAAACCCGAAAUCAUAGGGUACGCGUGUGCGACGCUGAACAGCAAAGAGUUCUACAAGAAGCAAGAGGUCGCGUGGAUACCGGAGAUGAAGGCCAAGUAUCCAGAAUCACUCGUCGAGAGGGAUGACCUCAGCCCAGCGGCUAAGGAAUGCGUACGGCACUUCCACCAAUUUGAGAAACAAGAGAGGGCGCCGGAGAGCGUCUGGCGUUCCCACCCCGCGUUACUGACCUGCUGCGUGUUGCCGCAAGCGAGCGAUCCGCUCGCCGCUGCCAGGCUGCUCGCUUGUUUGCUCGCCGCGCUCAGAUCGCUCGGCGUGACCGGAGUCCACGCGUGCAUUAACGCGACAGACCACUACCUACACCAGUUCUAUAGUAAACUAGGUUUCGUGGAGGUCCAUCGCGAGGAGAACGGUCGCGUAUAUUUAGCGCGCGCUUUCUAGCGGCACCUCAUGUUGCGUCCUGCACGCCCCGCGCAACGUGGCCGUUGGCCUCGUGCGUAUGGCCCGAUGGCCCUGCGACGAUCUCCGAGGAAACCACGCCCUAUAAUUUAGGCAACACCCUUAAUUUAAGCCACGCCCUUAAUUUAAGUCACGCCCUUAAUUUAAACCCCGCCCUAUUGUAAUGUUAAACUCAGGGCUUUGCGCAUAUAUACGGUUCCCUGAUUCGGUUUCUUGCUGGUCUAUUCGCUAUCUUUUUUGACAUUUAUACAGUGUGUAAUUAAAGAGAAAAUUGCAUAUCCAUCACUGCUUUUUAGGACCAGUAUCUUAGUUAACCGAUGGCGUAGCUUCUAGACAUUCAUGAGUGCUUGUUACAGCCUAAACUGAAUAAAUGUUUUUGAUUAUGAUUAUACUGACGCUAUAAUAAAGCAGCAGUGGAUCAGUAAAUAGCUCGGUGAUUAUCACUUCCAUCUGUCGACAUCAGUUAGCAAACAGGCCUACUGAUCAGGAAUUCAGAUUCGAUUCGGAAUACCCAGCGCACACGAUUAGAUUUUUUUUAUUAGGUUGUUUCCCAAACCAACGUUAAGUUUUUCGUUUUUAAAAAAGAAAAAUAGCGAUGUACAUUCCGGUCUCCGAAUUGGUGGGAUUCCUGAUCAGGAAACCAUACAUACGCUCUCAGCCUAAAAGUCGUCCAACCAAAGCCAUAUUCAAACCCCGCCCCAUUGAAAAUUUUAAUUCGGUCAAUCGAAAGUCACGUAUGAACUUCAGCACCAUAUUAUACAUAAUACUCAAAAGAGAUGUUUUAUGUAUCCAAUUUCAAUGAAAGAAUUAUGAGUUUGGGUAUAAUGUAUAUUCCACAUCCUUGAUCACGCCCCUCCCUGAAAUGAUCCGUUAAAAAAAAAUACAGUUAUUGGAAUAUUUUCGCUUAUAUCUAUAAUGUUUUGCGAAUCUUGAUCACACUCAAGACUGGUUUACACUUUGGUAAAGUAUGUUAGCAACUUUAGACAUCCGUCAGUUAAGCAGUAUGUAGUUAACUGGCAAAUCCCUGUCCAAACGAUGAUGAGAACUUAAUUCGCCAAGACCGUAAGUUAAUCCGCAUCUGCACUUACCGAAGUGUCGCUCCUUUACCAGGCACUUAAAUGCACAUAACAAGAAAGUUCAUAAGUAAUUGUCAGUGGCUACAUUUUUUUGUAGAAAUGUUUUCCCAUUCGUACUUGUUGACGUAAUACUAAAAUCGCGCCCCUAAUUCCGACUUAAAUCUUUACCAUUUCCUGAAACACCUCGCUUAGAAAGAACGUUAUAGAUUAUUUAGUAGUAUUGUUUUUGUAACCAUGCUUAUCACCUGUCAACUCGCGAAACAUAAGCUUCUAUGUUUUACAAUACUUCUAUGUUUACCUUCGGCCUUAAACCCACCUUGUAAAACGCUAAAGUCUAACGUCUUUGUCAGAAGUUAGAUUCUUUUACCCUGUCGAACUGCCUUGUCGCGUAGAAACCACGCCUCUGAAUUUGACUCCGUUUCUACUCAAGUACUAUUACUGGAAAAACAAGUUCAGUACACAGAAUCCUUUAACGCUUGAAAAACAAGUUAAAAGUCAUAUUCGAUAAGGUCAUUUUCGGGGCAAAAAUAUUUUCUCACGUGUAUGUCCUGUUAACUCGACACUGUACAAACCGCGCCCUUUUUUUUUGUUCGGCCUCUGCCUUACGCUUACCCUACAUCUGAAAAUAAUAAAGUUUAUUUCACUGAAGUUUUGGUUGGUUGGUUUUCCUCCAUGACAUUUGGGACUUUAAUUUGUAUUAAAAUGGGCGCAAACUAUGACAUUUAAGGAUAUUUUAAUUAAGAAUGUAUCUAUGUAUGUAAGAUUGAAAUAUUAAUUAAGCGGCAAAAUUUUUGAUAAUUUUCAAUGACUUAUCUCUGACAACAGAUGAGCUUAACAUUGAUUAAUCGUCUAAAUAUUUAAAUUGAUUCCCGAAAUGUAACGAUAGUAACUUAGUGAUCAAGCAAAGUUAAGCCUAUCUGUAAUCAGGGAUGGGCUACUGAUAUUGGCAUUUAAUACAUAUUUGAGAAAAAAAAACCGACUUUACACCCCAGUUUCUUAUACUUUUCGUAACUGUUAAUUACAAAAUAUUGUAUUUGUACUCAAAUGACACAAAAAUAGUAAAAAAAAAAUUGAAAAUCUGUCUGAUUUUAACGUAAGUAAGGACUUCUUUUUGGGACAAACGAUAACACAAAAAUGAGUUGUCAAUUUGAUAAUGGUUAGGUAGGAACCAGUUUCAAUACUUUAUAUAAGUAGUCGACAAACCCAAAAACCUGGGCGUUUUCUAUUAAGUAACUUUUAUAAUAUUAUCGAUAGUAAUAAAACUUAUCUUAAAUCGUUCUAUAGUGAAGAUGUUUUGGAUGGCAUUAAAUCUCUUCCUUUAAGCCUUAUGACUAUAACUAGUUUGGUUCGUGUCUGUGAUUAUGAUAUGUUUAUGAAAUGUGAAACUUCAGUUUUACUAGGAAAAAUGCUAAUCAUUCAUUAUAUGCAUUCGAAAGAAGUUAGGAACUGUGUUACAUUAGGGUGAUUUUGGUGGACCUAACCGCAAAAAUUGUGUGUGGUAAUUCUGAACAAUGGAGUUUAAAUGCAAGUGAAUUUACACGUUAAAGUCUAGCAGGCCGUCAUGUUUCAAAAAAAACUCUAAGAAAUAGUAUGUAUUUUAUGUUACUGUACAAUAUAUAUAUAACAAAUUUGUAAUGAAAUUAUGUUUCUUUUGGCAAAAAGGUACUUGAAUUUGUCAUUGAUUUGCAGUAAUUGGAUUUUUUUACAUCCAAAUGUUAUGUUAUAAUGAGAUAGUUUUUUUUUAUUAAUCGAAUUAAUAUAGCUUAUUAGCUGGUUUAAUUUUCAAUUAAACUGCAAAUACUGAUGUUUAUUUUACUUCCAAAUGUAUCAAAAAUAUGUUAAGUCACUAUCCGCCUUAUUAUAAAACGCCUAAUUAUAAGCAAACAAAAUGGACAACAUCAGUUUUAUACCAAUAAAACUGAUGUUGUCCAUUUUAUUUGCAAAAAAGAAGGCAGUGACAACAUUAAGUUUAAACCAAGACUAACUAUAAUCCGCGUUUUGGUAUAAGGGGGAUUAUCUUUAUGGUUAUUCCCAACAAAUGGUAAAUGGUAAAAAAUUAAAACAACUUUGUAUAUUAGAAUAGAAAUUAUGUGUAACUUUAUAAUUGUUUCUUCCUUAAUUAAGCAUAGUUUAACAUGUGAGUGGGAGUUCAUUUGAAUUUAGUCGAGAUGUUAAAUUAAAGAUAAAAUACGUUUAAGUCAAUGCAUGUUUGGUGUAUCAAUUAGGCUGAAUAAUCAAUAUCAAUUAGCUGACGUUUAAUCUUUAUAAUUAUUCUUGUUACUUUCAAGGUCUAGCUCCAACAAAUUUUGCCUAAGAAAAAAUAACUACUACCCGGUUAUAACUGUACUGUAUGUAUUAAAUAUUGGAUAAAACAUAUCUAUCAGGUAAAUUAUGAUUCAGUCGAAAGAAUUCUGCAAUACCGUAAAUAUUUUGCAAAACGUUGGUUAAUUAUGACAAAAUCCUUUUAAUUCUUAUAAAAUGCGAUAACACAAAAAAAAAUGUAAAAUAUUUGAGUCAGUAACUUUAUUUAGGAUAUAAAUGUAAAAAAAAUCCUACAAAAAACAUCUUUUGAAAUGCAGUUUUCUUAAAAAUUUAAUAUUAAUGUGGGCAACUACAGACAACACUAGCUUAAAACUAAUUUUAAGUUAGUCUUAUACGUCAAAAAAAAAGGAAAUACUAAUCGGAAAAUUAGGAUAAAUAUACUGUUAAGUGGAGUGAUGCGGUGUAGUGUACAAUGCCUAGUCAAGAUAUUGUAUAAAGACUGAGUGAUAGCUCGAUUGGGAAAGUUGGUAUUGUGAUAUGAUUGUUAUAUUAUUAACUUUUGAUCUAUUGUAUUAAGGUUUAAUUUUGAACCUACUGGAGUGAUGCUAGAAUCAGUUAAAUCAUAUUAGGUAAGUUUGAGAUACAGUCUCCAUCUAACGACCGCAUUUAGGGACGCCGGAUAAUUUUGUAUUUUGAUGAAAGUUGAUGAUAUUGCUUUCAUUAAAUUAAAUUUAAUUGAUGGCGGCCAUUAGUAGAUAAUUAUACAAUAGUAAAUGUUGAAUGAAAUGUGAUAAAGUGACUAUGGGCUUCGCUGGCGUGAUUCAAACAUCAUGAAAAAAAAAAUAAGUAGGAAAUUAGACUAGAUUUUGCAUCGCUAGUGAUUCGAAUUGCUAAAACAGAUUAAGGUCCAAAGUUGCACCAAAGUUCUUAAAUUAAAUUGAAAAGAUUCUCAUGUUUAAGACCCAUUCUAUCUCUUUUUGACUUUAAAUUAAUGACAAAGAUGGAAUGUGUUAAACAGGAUUAAGCCUUAAUUUGAAUUGAGAAUUUUGGUGCAAGUGGUCCUUGUAAUUAAGUUAUAGCAAAUAAAACUAGAUUUAUAUCAAUAAACAAUUCCUCAUUGUUGGUGGUAAAACGAUCCUUGCAUGCGCAUAUAAUAAAUAAUUCUAUCAUAAUUCUCUCUUAAAUACCAGAUUUAACGUUGCAUGAAACGAAAUAAAGAAGGGUCAUGACAUGAGUAUGCCACAGGAAUAGUCACAUUAUUUUGUAUAUAGUAAGUAUGUCACUUUAAAUGUUUUUGUAACGUAAUGAAAGUUGAAACUACAAUGUCUUUCUUGAUAAGGACAACCAGGACGUUCAACAUCAACCAAAAAAAAAUUGCGCCCUACACGAAUAAAAAUUAGCACUUUAAAGUUCAGUAUUUCGCAAACCGAUCCCUUAAUCUAAAAAUAGUCUAAGGAACCCCUUGAAGUAAUUUUAAAGGACCUAUUCAACGAUACCCCACGUAAUGGGGUAGACGAUGAAAAAUGAAAACAUCCAGGUAACAUGUAGCAAACUACCCAUAGAAAAAAAAUCAAAAUUUUAUUCUACCGUUUUCCUGGCAUGAAAUGAAUGAAAAAAGCCACCAACAAAGAAAAACGGUUAAUUUAUAAAAUAAAACAUAUUUUUGUUUAAUAGUUUGAAUUUAGGCGCUAAAUAGUGGAGCACGUCGCGAUUAUGACAGUUUAACGUAAACAAUACAAAAUUUCAUGGGCGUCGAUCUGUCAAAAAGAUAAUAAUAGAAUGGACAGACUAUAGAUGGCAGUAUAAUCACUGGUUUUUAUACGGUUUUUGUCUGUGAUCUAAAUUUGAGGUGCCAUGCUGGCCUAAGUAAGAUAGGCCACUAUGGUUAAAAAAUGAGUUAGGCCACUAUGGUUCUCAUGGUCUCUAAAUAUAGUCGCCCGCGUUUCGGUUAUCAAGAUAAAAAGUCGCAAUUUUCUUUUGAAAAACAAAUAUAUGCAAGGUUAAUUUUAUGCAAAAACUUGUAUAAUAAUGGUUUAAAUAUAAGUCUACACAACAUUAUUUCUAUUUUUUUUAUAACAUCUGUCAAAUGGCCAAUUUUCUAAAUUUACGGUUAUUUAACUUUCAUUUAUGUGUGUUGGGUCUUAUGUGGGCACUUCACUUGGCUAUUCGUAUUUGAUAUUUGUAAACUUGACAACAGUCUGUCCUUAUCAUGCUUUAUAAGUAAUGAAAAGGAGAGACUGCUUUCAAGUUUACAAAUAACAAACACGAAGUGCCAGCAUUAAAAAUUUGUUUAUGUUGUGAGUAGCUUACGUUUGAUUUGUAGAUAAACAAAAUGCGUUCCUAUUACCAUGCACAAGAUAGCAUUUAUUAGGUUUUUAUAUGCAAACGUAGGCAUUCGAAUUAUUUAAUAAGAUCGUUUAAUUAAGUCUUCUUUAUUCAUUUAUUCAUAUACAACUAGAACCGCUUCGUGAACUCUGAAUGCGAUUCAAAAGCAGCUACUGUCAAAGCGAGAUGCCGUUAUAAACCGUGUUAAGCGUUGUCUCGCUCUAACAAUGUCAUGAUAUCUAUCUAAAAAAUCACAGAUCCCGUGCUCUACAUGACUUGAAAGGGCAUUAAAAAUUAACCUAUUGAAGAUUAUUAAAAAAGAAACUUUUCCAAAAUAUUUUUUACAUCAUUUUAAAGCCAUUCGAAUUCCGCGUCUUUUGAGCUCUCAUACGUCCUCGUAGUCUCCACCACGUGAUAUCGCACCUCGCGCCGCCGCCUCCGUUUCCUCCCACACAGGCCACAAACAGCAACACUACACAGCUAGCAAACGUGUACACUAGCUUAGCAUUAGGCAGACACCGCACCCGUAGGAUAAGAGUGCGAAGACCCGGUCUACACACUACACGCUAUACCAGGUACAGGUACGUACCUGGGCGUUUUUCCCCGCCCCCCACGACAACGGCUAACUAGAGCCGAGGUCCGAGUCUCAGAGACGCCCUCUAGUUGAGCCGACCCCCUCAGGUUCUAGUGGUCUGGAGGCUGCAGACGGAGAGGAGACUCCCCCCGUGGGGAGACGCCAUCCGACUGGAAUACCUCCAGAGGCACUCGCCAAUCCUCGGCUUGAGGUCCCCUUAGGAUCUCGCCGUCCCCAAACCCGGUGACGCUGUAAAGGUCAUCUGCGACCAACAGCAUACACAAUAAAAAAAAAACCUCGCGCAGAUCGAAACUCGUGUCUAAGUGCACCUCAACAGCCUCCACCGUCACCAAAUUAAAAAAAAAGGUUAAUGACCUAAAAUGUUCUUUGGUUCAAUACCGAGGUGAUUUUUUUCAUAUUUUUGAAAUUCGCCCCAUUUCUCGAGGUAUCGGAAAUUUUCUGUGAAAACACGAUUUUUCGGUCGGAAAAAAGUAGUUUUUUUUUAAAUCGAUUUCCAAAAAAAUUUUUGACUUCACCAAAAUAAUUUUUUCAUCUUCUUAAAGCCCUUCAAAUUCCUUUUUUGAGACCUCAUACGUCCUCGUGGCCCUAAACCUCAGGGUAUCACGGGCGAGUCGCACUAUAAGCGAAAAUGGGGGGCCUACUGGAGCGAACGAAAAAUCAUUUUUAAUGUUAAAAAAACACUACAAUUUUAAAAAUGUAAAAAAAUUAUUGCUACAUUUCAUAUUAUCGUGUCGCGAUAUGAGUUCAUGAUGCGUACGGCUCAAAAUGAGGUUUAUCCGUCAAUACACGAGCAUUGUAUAUAUAACUUUAUUGUGUAGGUAAUAGAGUUGAUUUAUUUAGGUUGGAAUAUUUAAUAUUUUUUUUAUAAAUACUAAUGUGCAACGCUUAAAAUCGUGUCACUAUCAUUACAUAAUGAGUAUGUAGAGACCAAAAAGUUAACAAAAUUAUAUUUGACACAAAUGAUUUUAUCAUAAAACUGUUUAAAAUAGCUUAUUUAUUUUGUUAUUAAUCAAUUUUAGUAAUAGAAAUCACGUUCACAUUUACAAUAGAGUGGACCGGUUUAUUUUUCGGUUAUGAAACUUAUAUUUUUAUUUUUGCUAUGUAACUAUGUAAUUAUUUUUAUUUUGUAAAAGAAUAGUUAUUAAUAGUAAUAUUAAAUCAUUGUCAUUUUUAUAAGUAGCAGUUAUAAAAUUGUUUAUGUUGGAUCAAGCGGAUGUGUUCCCAUUGUCUAUACGGGGACUACAGGAAAACAGUAUAUUCGUACUACCUACCAACCAUCAAGGUUGUAGUGUUCGUUGUACAGCCGAUAACUCGCUAUAGUCCGGCCGCAUAGAGAUUGCGUUUCUGACAGGUCGUGUCAGUUCCUUAUGGUGAUAGCAUUAGAGUUAAUUUUCGAACCUCUUUUUAUAAUUAGAUAUAAAGUGUACUUUAUUCGGAACUGACACGACCUGUCAGAAACGCAAUCUCUGAGCGACCGGACUAUAGAUACAAUUUGAUACAGAAAGACCACUUUUUUAUGUAGAAGUAAAAGAGCUAUAUCUUAAGUGAAACACAUAUACAUGGGUACUUACACUAAGAACGAAGGAAAACAUAUUGAGCAUAUUGCUUUAUUUAUUUAAACAAUGAAGUUUUAUAUCGAAAGAACGUUUUUUUAUUAGAAAAACUUCGAACCAAUAAGCGAAGAACACGAGCCAGUUUUUCUAGUAAAUAAUUUCUUUAGGUAUAAGAAUAUUCUACCCAUGCUCGUCAAACAACUUGACAGUAUAUGGCAAAGAACUCACGUCGCGACUUUUUCGCGCACCCGCCACUGCAGCAAGAAAGCUGCUUUAUUAGAAAACCCAAGAGAACGUCAUUUUCUGUAGUCACCGCGACUGCGAUCCCGCAGACUUUGAAUUCAGACCGCACCUUUCGGCCAACCGCAUAAAAAUCUCAAAGCGCGCGGGAUAGGCCCGCCGCCGCGUCUGCGGGUACCGCAAACAUCCGCUUUCCGUGGGGGCCCAAAUCGUGUCGUGAGUUUAGCUUUUUACCUAUAAUUUGUCAUUCUAAACGAGUUGCUGUCAGAAAAUCGCGCCGUUUGUUCUUAACCUAUGUGUAUGAUCACUAGUGAUUGGAUAAUGGGAUGCAUAUUAACCUAAACUUGAGAUGUGGGCUAUUGUGGAAAGCACUUUUUUAUCAAAAAAAUCCCGCGAUUCCGGGAAAUUCAAUUUAAGUGUAUACUUCGUGAGAUCUUAUAAACCUAGUUUGACACAAAUGACAGUUGUCCUGUGUGUGUAUAACAUAAAAAUAUUGUGUAAGAUGUCCUCAAUUAACAUAUUAAAUUAUAUUCAUUUAAGAAAUGAAAAUAGAUAAACUUCUUCAUAGUCAUACUCGAAUUGAAAAUUUAAUUUUAAUUAAACAUACAUUCGAUUAGUUAUGCGAUCCCGGAAUCCCGAGAAUUUAUUUUAAAUACCAAUAUCCUAGAAAGCCACUUCCAUUACUUGUUAGCCAAAAAACAACUGAGUAAUUAUGUAUCCGAUCAUCCGAUCUCUAAUGAUCACCUUUAUUAGCGCAUACUUAUCCACUGCAGCUUAUAUUUGUAUUGGUUUUAGUCAACAUGAAUUUCGUUCUUAUUUAUUGAUAAGUAGCCGAGGCUCGCCGGUUUUGUUAAUGACAUACCCAGCAGAAUGUAUAUUUUAUUGAUAUGUUAGCAACAUAUCAACAUGGUUCACAUGGUUAUUUGUGUUUGCUAUUUGUCAUUUUAACAGCAGCUUGCCCUUUUCAUACUCUAUAAGGGAAUGAAAAGGAAGUUACGAAUAGCCAUGUGAAGUGCCCGAUUAUGUGUAUUGUGGAUAUCGUCACCCGAUCAUUCGCCAAAUCCUGAAAACAAAGAUAAAUAUAAGCAUUUCCAAAACAAGAUGUUUUAAUUUUAAGAAUGUUAAGAGCUCUGAACCCCGAAUCUCUGUGGAAGGACAAUCAUAAAAUGAAGGCUUUUCAUGAUCUGGUUAUACGAUCGUGUGACGAUAUAAAUAGCAGCACAGAGGAAUGACCUAAAAAUAGCUGGGGGAACGGUACGGAAGAGGGCGUUUACGAAAAUUCACGUCACUAGUCGGUGCCAUUGUUUCGCGAGGUCUUAUGUAUGAAGAUUUUGGCGCGAAUUAAUCGCAGGAGAAUUUACAUUUAUCCAUGAACUAUGACGACAUACACGAUUUAACGGAUGCGUAGACCUUUCGGCUCAGUGCUCCCACCUGGCGCCCGACAUUCCUGAACACCUUAAUUGUUUUCACCUUUCACUAUAAUAACUAUAUAUUUCAGUGAAAACACUAACUUGUGUUAACUAUGUAAAUAUACAAUUAUGAUUAAAAAAAAAUGUAUUACUUUUAUCGUUGCAAGUUUUUCAGUCAUUAAUGGGUCUUACAGAGUGCCCCCACUCCAAUAGAGUGCCCGCGUUACUCAUUUUGAGUGAGUGUAAGCUGCGUUUUGAUUGAACACGUCAGUGUGUCGUCUCGGACGGAUCUCAAAUUUGAUGAAACGAUAAUAUCGCCGUUGGUCGACGACUGGAGGCGUGCCACACGCAUAUGUAGUUGUACCAUAGAGGUAUAAGAAUAGAGUAGGGGAGAUAUAGACUACUACAAGUGGAAGAGUCCCUCUAAUAGAAAGAGAAAAGAUGAGAGACUGCUAGCUUCUCUCUAAUCGCGCAUGCGCAUUGGCAACCGCAAGCAUCUUACUAUUUCGAUGUGAUGCCAUGCGUCACAAGAGAGAGAGAUAGCUAGCGGUCUCUCAUCUUUUUUCUCUUUCUACUAGACGGACCCUUCCCACUCUAUUCUUAUACCUCUGUACUACCUACUAAGAGUUGUACUACCUAGGCUUGACACAAGCGGUUGCCCUUGUGCGGUCUCUAUUGGGCGUGCUCUGUGACGAGUCAUCCGCUUACGAUUAAAUGCGGGAGUUAUGUAAUGAAAAUUUCCACUUUUAUUAUUGGGUUAAAAACAUUAUUUCAUAUGUAUGUACCG